GUAUUUUUCACACAAUGAUGUUGACAUGGAAAAACCUAUUCUAUUGAGAAUAACUGAUGGCGGUCCUGAUCAAAGAACCACGUACAGAUCUGUGCAGUUGUGUUGUCUUCUUGAAUUUAUUGCAUUGGACUUGGACUUUUUUGCUUGCAUCAGAACAGCUCCAUCAGCAAGUUACUACAAUCCAGCUGAGCGAUGCAUGUCUACUCUAAAUAUAGCUCUGCAAAAUGUUGCUCUUCAGCGUGGACGAAUGAUUCCUGGACUUGAAAUGCAGACAAAAUCAUUUACCUCUUUGUCAAAACUAAGAAAUGCUGCAACUAAAAAUGCAUGUUUAAAGAAGGAAUACAAGGAAGCUAUGUCAGUACCAAUUGAAAUUUUGAAAGAAAGAUUCUCCAGGCUGAAAUGGAAGGGGGAAAGUGUUGUCGUUCAUGAUGCUGCACAGGAAGACAUGAUGGUUGAUCUCUACAACAUCUUUCUUCUGAUUGAUGAUGAAGUGAAACCUGAACACGUCUCCAAUUUGAGGAUGUUGAAAUCAGAAAAGAUAGAUGCAUUCCUAGCGAAACAUGCACAAUCAAGGCACUACAGCUACCAGAUUAAGAAGUGUACAGAAGCUGACUGUGCAUACUGCACUUUGAACCCCCCACGCCUUUCCCAGGAGAUGCUGAAAGAUCUCCAUUUCAUACCUGAUCCUGUCUUGAAAGAAGAUGGUGUGUUUAAGUCUUUUGAAGAGACAUAUGGUACACCGACUACAGAUAAAGAUCGUCCUAGUCUGCAGGAAAAGGUGACAACAACUGAGCGAGACAAACAACUGAAAAAUCUCUUGGUUGCGACCAAAGUCAGAGAUUUUGUUGUUUGUUGCGAGUGUGGCAAGCGUAGAGUUGUAUAUUCCUCCAGAAAGCUUAGCGCUGCUGAGGAGAGGGCUCUUAUUAGACUUCAGGAAGAACUACUGUACAUCUGUGGAAGUCCGCUGUUCCCUGGUGGAGAAUUUCAGGAUAAGAUUGUAGUGCGAGAAGGGAUUAAUUGCCAGGCGCCAAUAGAGACAACAUACUAUGCAGGAAAAACACAGCUAUUUGAUGGAAUUUGCUUCCAUUGUGGAGAUAUUGAGCCAACCUCAACCCCAGAAAUAGAAUCCUUGAAGAGAAAGCAUGGGAUUGUAAGACCCAUUUGCAAAACCUGUUUGCAAAUGGGCCACCCAGUUGUGACCAGAAAUGCUUUAAAAAAGCAAAAAACAAAAUAAAAAAAUA